UGCUUUUGUUUGCUAGUUUGCUUGGGAACGGAAGGCGUUACUGGGGGUCAACACGGCGUCAACGAUGCGCAGCUUAUGCGCAAACACACAGCGAGAAGUCUCUGGCUGGGGUUGAGGUAGCCGGCCGGCGGAAAAGCUCGGUUUUUUUGUUUGACAUAUACUUGUUUUUAUUCUGUCUGUAUAUUUGUUAUCUUAUCUUUUAUCAUAUCAAAGACAAGUAAUACUUCUAUCAGGACCGUCGCUCGGUUUCUACAGUAACAUCACGGCGGUGUUAAGCUAUUGGUUUCCAGAGGACUUCACACUUUCAUGAACGAUGUUAUGCUAACGCUGGAUAGCCAGACCAGCUAUCGGUCAACGGGUAAACCGAUGAAGGAUCGCUCUCAGGACACUGUGAGGUGUUUACUGCGUUGUAUUACAGCAUAUCACUCAACAGCGACAGGAUGGCAGAGUUCAUUCCUCGGUUCAACGUGCUUAAACUGGGAUGGAGAGCUUUGCGACUCAGGAAAACACCGCUAACCGCCGCAGCCCCGCAGAUCCGCCGUUUCAACAGCAGCUGUGGACCCAACUCAUUUGGGCUACUUUUCGACAUUGAUGGGGUCCUGGUCCGUGGAAGGACUCCAAUUCCAGCAGCUAAGCAGUGCUUUAGGAAGCUGGUGGAUGGAAAUGGAAAGUAUAAAGUCCCUGUGGUUUUUGUGACCAAUGCAGGGAACUGUGUCCGGCAGACCAAAGCUGAGCAAUUGUCUCAUCUUCUAGAAGUGGAGGUGUCACCAGAUCAGGUCAUGUUGUCCCACAGUCCUUUGCGGGUCUUUAGUCAGUUCCAUAAGAUGUGUGUGUUGGUGUCUGGUCAGGGGCCAGUCUUGGAAGUUGCGCAUAAUUUGGGUUUUCAAAAUGCUCUCACCAUAGAUAUGCUGCGAGAGGCCUACCCUCUUUUGGACGUGGUGGAUCACAAUCGCAGACCCAAAGAUGUGGUUCCGCCUUCCAAGGAAUUACCACAAAUUGAGGCUGUCGUUCUCUUUGGUGAGCCGAUCAGGUGGGAGACUAAUCUACAGCUGAUUGUGGAUGUUCUCCUGACUAAUGGAAGGCCAGGAAACACUGUGACUUCAAUUAAAUACCCACAUAUCCCCGUGUUGGCCUGCAAUAUGGACCUGUUGUGGAUGGCAGAAGCAAAGAACCCUCGAUUUGGUCACGGAAUGUUCCUUGUCUGUCUGGAGAGCAUCUAUAAGAAGAUCACAGGUUAUGACCUGCAGUAUGAGGCUCUGAUUGGGAAGCCCAGUGUGGUAACUUACAACUAUGCUGAGCUGCUGAUUAGACAGCAGGCAGAGAGUCUGGGCUGGACUGAACCUGUCCAGAGACUUUAUGCCAUUGGGGACAACCCAAUGGCUGACAUCUAUGGUGCAAACCUUUAUAACCGCUACCUACAGUCGAUGCACCAUGCCAGGGCUCAGGUGCAGGCUCAGGGAGGCUCGGCUAGUCAGGUAGCAGGUGAUAUUCAGUGUGAAACAGUUGAUGAUGCUAAAAACUCAGGUAAGGUGAUGGUUGGGGGGUCAUAUGAGCAUCGUCUGCCAGAGGGCUGUAGUUCCAUCCUGGUCUGCACAGGCGUGUACAAUCGAGAUCAGCAGGACCUUCCUCCUGACCAGACGGUCACAGAGCAGCGCAUCUUCCACGGGCACCGGGACUUUCGCUUUGACCCAAACCUGACCCAGCCCUCCUAUGUGGUUCAUGAUGUACUAGAGGCUGUGGAGCUGGUCUUCCAGCAAGAGGGCUGGCCUCUAGAGUAAACCGGAGGCUGUUCAGGCCCACCAAGAUAGAUUACCUCACACACUGGAGGGGUGGGCAGGACAAACUUUGCACAUGAAGAAAUGCAGUAUGCUUCUAGGUCAGCUAAAGCAAGAACUUGAACAAUUUUUAACUGUAACAGCAAAUACAGAGUAUAGGAUAACACAUUCAAAUACUAGGAUUUUUAGUAGAACUGGAAUUUUUUUAUAGUUUAUCCUGUUUAAAUGAAGCCAUAUUAGUUGGGGAAGUGAGACGAAAGGAACUUAAAGAGCAGGCUUUUUGUUUAACUGUCAUGUAACAGUUUUGCCUGUUCUAGUCUAUUUAAUAUGAAACCACUCAUCUGUGUGGUGUGUCUUUUAAUUAAGGCAUCAAGUUUACUGUUGUUUCAGCAUUGUAGUAAUGAAAGUCUUAUAGAAGGGUUGUGGAUUUUAAAUUUUUUGAUAAAAAGGCUUUUAAUAUUGUAUGCAACAUGUCACAUAUCCUAUGAUCAGCCAUGCAAUGCAGUAUACUAUGUUUUUGUUUUUUGUUUGCUUUUAAAAAGGGAAAAACAUAUCUGAUAAAUAUUUGCCUUUGUUUUAUUUAAUUGUUUUUUGCCAGUCACUGUGUUUAAAGUUGACAUUUGUCUUUGCUUGCUCUCAUGCCAAAUAAAUGUAAUAGAAAAUACUUGGUCACAAA